CGUGACGUAGAAGAGUUCCGGCUUCGGCCCCUGCCGCCCCUUCCACCACUACAGCCACUGCCGCCGCCACCGCCGCCGUUGGGGGUUGUUUGUUAUUUCUAAAAUGGCGCCCCUGGACUUGGACAAGUAUGUGGAGAUAGCGCGGCUGUGUAAGUACCUGCCGGAGAACGACCUGAAGCGGCUAUGUGACUAUGUUUGUGAUCUCCUCUUGGAAGAGUCAAAUGUCCAGCCAGUAUCAACACCAGUAACAGUGUGUGGAGACAUACACGGACAGUUUUAUGACCUUUGUGAACUAUUCAGAACUGGAGGUCAGGUUCCUGACACAAACUACAUAUUUAUGGGUGAUUUUGUAGACAGAGGUUACUAUAGUUUGGAGACCUUCACUUACCUUCUUGCACUAAAGGCCAAAUGGCCUGAUCGUAUUACACUUUUGAGAGGAAAUCAUGAGAGUAGACAGAUAACACAGGUUUAUGGAUUUUAUGAUGAGUGCCAGACCAAAUAUGGAAAUGCUAAUGCCUGGAGAUAUUGUACCAAAGUUUUUGACAUGCUCACAGUAGCAGCUUUAAUAGAUGAGCAGAUUUUGUGUGUUCAUGGUGGUUUAUCUCCUGAUAUCAAAACACUGGAUCAAAUUCGAACCAUUGAACGGAAUCAGGAAAUUCCUCAUAAAGGAGCAUUUUGUGAUCUGGUUUGGUCUGAUCCUGAAGAUGUGGAUACUUGGGCAAUCAGUCCCCGAGGCGCAGGCUGGCUUUUUGGCGCAAAGGUCACAAAUGAGUUUGUUCAUAUCAACAACUUAAAACUCAUCUGCAGAGCACACCAACUAGUACACGAAGGCUAUAAAUUUAUGUUUGAUGAGAAGCUGGUAACAGUGUGGUCUGCGCCUAAUUACUGCUAUCGUUGUGGAAAUAUUGCUUCGAUCAUGGUCUUCAAAGAUGUAAAUACAAGAGAACCAAAGUUAUUCCGGGCAGUUCCAGAUUCAGAACGUGUUAUUCCUCCCAGAACGACGACGCCAUAUUUCCUUUGAGGACUUCGCCCGUCCUGCUGACCCAUUUUUCUGCCCUCUUACCCCAACUUUCCUGUAUUACCCUCUACAAUAUACUUUUCAUUGAGCACUUUGCUGCUGAAAUGCUGCCUCUUGCCUUUUUUUUUUUUUAAUUUUAAAUUAUCUAAAUUUAUUGUUUGUUACGGUGUCUAUAACAGUGUUUUCUAUCAUUUUCUCCCGGAUCCCAUCCCUACCUUGGACUCGUUUGAGAAGACUUGAGAAAUGUCUUAAUACUCACACUGCUGCAUGUAGCUCUUGCUUAUUUACUGGUGUGGGGAACACAGGAUGUGUUUCCUUUUUUUAAAAAGCCAAUUGACAGAACAGACUACACUGAAAUACUACUCCUUUUGUAUCAGUCAGCCCUUUGUUUUAGUUUGGUAAGUUUUAAGAAAUUUCAGCAGCAAAGUUGUUAUUCAGUAGGCAUGAUGGACUGCAAAUGCCUCGAGUUAUGUAUACCUGUCCCAGCUGUAAACUUCAUUGUCCUUUGUUGGAUGAUAUUUUAAAUGGAUAUAAAAUAAAUUGCUCUAAAGGGCUGCCCUCUUUGUUGCGUUUUUAAAUUUUAGUUAAAAACUGCUACAGCUUAUGACUUUGUACAUUAAGAUAAUUGUAUUGAUCUUUUUUCAGAUUCAUUGUAUUUUUUAAUAAAGUAAUCUUAAAUAAAACCCAGAUAGGUUAAAGUGUUAGAAAUUUUAAACAGCUUACAUUGUUGGUUUAUUCUUUCUUUCUUUUUUCUAAUCAGAGUUCUUAACCCUUUGGUUAUUGAGUUUAAAACUCCAAUUGAAAUUCAGUACUAUUUAUUUAAAAAAAGAAAUCACUAAACUGUGCCUAAAGAACAUAACUGCCAUAUUAAUGUUUUUGUUUAUAUCCUCUCUAGUAAUAGAAAAACAUUUAAUACUUGUAAUACUGAUGUAUUCAUUUGAUACCAGUUGAGUAGAAUGUGAUCAAUCCAGUUUACAAUUUAUCAUGAGUAUCAAUUAAGUAAAAUCUGUGUACUUUUCAAUAGGAAACAUUCUUCUCUUGCUGUAACACUUCACCUUAACUUUUAGAAAGUGUUCAUUUUUAACUGGAAAGCUUGAAAAGUCAGGACUCUUGUAUUUGUGAACUGUAAUUUGAAGCAGAUUUUAAGAAGUAUAGAAAGAAACAAAUGUCCUUUUUUGUAAAGGUCUGUGAUACCAUGUUUUGGCUUUGUGUAAGUAAUUUGAAUAUCCAAAGGGUUGUGAUGAUCAGUUCUUGAUAUGCAACUGUCCACUUAACUAAGGACAAGUGUUCCAGUGUCCCUUAUGACUGUGGUCAUAAAUGAUGUUGGAAUUUACCACUUUGUGAAAUACUUGGUAUCCCUUUACUACUAUAAUUAAUUUUUGUCAUUCCAGGAAAUCUUUGUGAAGCCAGCUAAUUAAUAAAGCACUUUAGCAUCUGUUCAGGUAGCUUUGAAAACCCACUUUUCCCCUUCAGGAUAAGAACUUCCAGGUUACCUAAAAAUGCAAUAAAAAUGUUUAUAGUCUAA